AGGGGUCUGGUUCUCUGGCUUCUUUUGGUGCAUCAAAGAGGUUGAAAUAGCUGAAUAUGGCUCUACAGAUCAUGAGCCACCGCUUGCACUUCUUUUUUCUUAUAAAUCUUUUUUGGUAACCAUCAAGAAGAGUGCAGGUGGGUUAAAGAAUCUUAACAACCCACCAUCAAAUGGGAAAAAAAUCCAGUGAACAGAAUCAUUUAUGAGGAGAAUAGACAUGUGGUUUUACUUGCUAGGGUAUUCGAUGCAAUUGAUUCUAUCGUCGCAGUAAUACCCAGGGUUGGAGAGAGAACAACAUGGAACAACCUGAAAACGAAACAAAGCAUGAAAGUCAGCAUGACAUUGAGAUUGAUGGUUUGCAGGAGCCCAACGCAACAUUUCUAAUUGAUUUGAAUCUCCUCAUAGUGGCUCUUUCUUUAAGCUCUGUAUGCAACGAAGAUUGCUUAAAUUUGGUCGACACCGAGAAGACAGAUAUCCAGGAUCAUGAAGCUAAUAAGGGCAAGGCCUUCAUACCCAGGCUUCAUGCUAGAAAACGAGAAACAAACGACGUAAAGUUCAUGAAACGACAAACGCAAAAGACCCAAACAAUAAACAAGGAUUGCAGACAUUGCAGGAAAAUGUAGACGGUAAUGUUAUAAAUGGGAACAGCGAAACAGGAAAUUGCUGAUCAAGGCGCUGAGGAGAUUUAUGACUUACAUUUUUGUAUUCGUAGC